ACCCAACCCAGCCCAACCCUUGCCUCCCUUGACAGCCUCUCUGACCAUCCCCUCGCGCUCCCCAACGGUCAGCUUGUCAUGCAUACCACUAACUCCCAGUAGGUUCCUAGGGUCCUGACAGGGGUCUCUAAACCCUCCCUGCGAUCUUGCGAGGUCGGGUCUGUGAUCCUCCAGAGUAGGUUAGUGGGACUGCUGCCGCGUGCGAUCGCUUCCGGAUCGGCUGUGGAGGUUUGCGAAGCUUCUGAAGGUGAAAUCCCUUCGGAUUUCGCAGUAUUUUGGAAAGCGUCGCAGUUCAGUACACUCUCUUUGAUCGCCGAUAGGGAACAGUUUAAUUCGUGGAAACAACUGCUGGCCGAUCGGGAGAUAGCGAAGAUGGCGACAAGUCAAGUCUAAGUUCAUCUCAACAUUUGAUCAAUCGAUGUCCGAUCAGCAGGGGAUGGUGAGCGAGUCCCCCAUUCGAAGAACAGCGUUUGCUGUCGUCAUGGAAGCGGAGGCACCAGAGAAGCUGGUGGCACGGGUUGGACGGAGUCAUCAAAGAUAUGCGGAAGGGGUUCGUCUUGUUGCUGGGUGCAUUCCCUUCCGCAUUCUUAACGAGGAUCAGGACGGCAGACAAACGACAGAGCUUCAAGUGCUAAUGAUCACAUCACAACAUGGCGAAGGCUUAAUCUUUCCAAAGGGAGGCUGGGAGACGGAUGAGACUGCUGAACAGGCUGCAUGCCGAGAAGCUAUGGAAGAAGCUGGGGUUCGAGGGAUCAUUCAGGGGAGAAUAGGUUCGUGGAUGUUCAAGAGCAAGCGAUUACGCACAGCGGAGUGCAAAGACGGCGAGUGCUGUGCGCAUAUGUUCAGCCUUGCCGUGACCGAGCUGCUCGCCGUCUGGCCCGAAAUGAGCCGCCGUAGCCGUCACUGGAUGUCAAUACCAGAGGCCAUACAGCGGUGUAGGCAUGACUGGAUGAGGGACGCUCUAAGGCAGUGGUGUGACCAGCAGCAGCCAGUUUAUAAGCUUCCCCCCGCCUGAUUCUCCACAUACCUCCCACAAACCUCUCAUUUCCUCCUCCUUUCCCAGUCGCUCCUCUCACUUUCCCUUGUCCCUGAUCAUUCUUCCAUUACUCCGCCAUCUGCUCGCAUAUGGCUAUGUAUUACAUCCUGCAUAGUUGUGCCACCGCAGGGAAUUCCCUUUCCCCCAGGUUGCCUUGCUGUCCCCUAUUCUCGUCUGUCGCUCACCUUUCCCCCUGGUUUGAUACCAGUACCAUUUUACCUGGGUGGCAAGUUAUUGCAUGACCAUCAAUCUUUGUUUGCCUGCUCUAUUGCUCGCACCCUGCUGAUAGGAGGUGUGUAAAGCAAGCUCUUGUGCGGGCAGGAAUGAGUUAGGGCGAAAGUGUAGAAGCUGCUAUAUGAGCCCUUCCUGUGCGCACCUGUAUGUAGUACGGUAUCCAUUUCGGCAGUAUUUUUAGGAAUGUAUUCAACACAGGGUAGCUAUCACUGGAGUUCUUGGUGUCCAGUUUACAUUAAC